UUUUACUACUGGCAACUUAAAUAACAAAUAGCAGUCUAGCUAACUUGUAUCCAGGCCAUAAACUCGAAAUAAUAAAAAAAAGCAGUCCAGCUAGCUGUCAGUGUCACCUGUGCCAUCCAUCUGCAAUCCGAAGGAAUUAAAAAAACUUGCUAUUUCUUUCAUCAGUUAUAAUAUAACAUACAACUCUGUAAUAAAUAUUCCGUCUUAAAAUCUGUGCGAGGAUGUCGCAUGUAAUGGAAGUGAAACACCUUUUUAGUAGGUUAUUUUCUAUGAAAAAUGGGUUGACUGCAAAUAGAUGGGCUGUGAGAAACUACAGUCAAGAUAUAGAUAUAACAGCAGCAGCAGUGAACAGAGGCAAUGUUACACCUUUGCCCCCGUUGUCGGAAGCCAUGCCAAAUCUGCCGCCAGUGGCUUACUCUUCAGCUCAGUCUGAUGAUGCUCUAACAGAAGUCACUGUGCUUAGCAAUGGGUUGAGAGUGGCAUCAGAGAAAAAAUUUGGACAGUUUUGUACUGCUGGUGUGGUCAUUGAUUCUGGUCCAAGAUAUGAAGUUGCUUAUCCCAAUGGCAUUUGUCAUUUUCUUGAGAAGCUAAGCUUUGGUGCCACACAUAAAUAUGCCACCCGAGACGUCAUGCACAGAGAGCUUGAGAGGCAUGGAGGUAUUUGUGACUGUCAGGGAUCCCGUGACACCACUGUUUAUGCCACCAGUGCAGAUUCUAGAGGCUUAGGGGCUGUCACUCAGGUCUUGGCUGAAGUUACUUUGAGACCCCAACUUUCCGCAGAUGAAAUAGAGUCAGCAAGACAGGCUGUUGCUUUUGAGCUGGAAACAUUGUCUAUGAGACCUGAACAGGAGACAAUAUUGAUGGAUAUGAUCCACAUGGCUGCAUACAGAGGAAACACUCUUGGACUACCUAAGAUAUGCCCAAGUGAGAAUGUCAACAAGAUAGACCGCAAUAUUAUUCUGAACUACCUGAAGAACCACUACACACCUGAUAGGAUGGUAGUAGCAGCAGUUGGUGUGGAUCAUGAACCCUUUGUGGAAUUUGUCCAGAAAUAUUUUGUAGACAUGAAGCCCACUUGGCAUGUUGAUGAAGUUGAAACAUUUAAACCUAAUGUUGACCGUUCCAUUGCACAGUACACUGGAGGAAUACAACAGGAUGAUUGUGAAAUUCCUCUGUAUCCAGGAUCUGAUUUACCAGAAUUAUCUCAUGUUGUUAUUGGAUUAGAAAGUUGUUCUCAUAGUGACCCAGAUUUUGUGCCAACAUGUGUGUUAAACAUGAUGAUGGGUGGUGGAGGCUCAUUCUCAGCAGGUGGCCCUGGCAAGGGAAUGUACACACGACUUUACACAAAUGUGCUGAACAGAUAUCAUUGGAUGUUCAACGCAACAGCAUACAAUCACGCAUAUGGCGAUACAGGAUUGUUCUGCAUCCAUGCUGCCUCACCCCCGAAUCGCAUUUAUGAUACCACUCUAGUAAUCGCACGAGAACUUGCAAACAUGGCUGGCAAAGUUGGCGAAACAGAACUAAGGAGGGCGAAAACGCAAUUGCAGUCUAUGUUAUUGAUGAAUUUAGAAGCAAGACCCGUAGUAUUUGAAGAUGUCGGCCGACAAGUACUUGCGACAGGCAAAAGGAAGCCACCUUCAUUCUUCAUUAAUGAAAUUGAAAAAAUAACAGCAGAUGAUGUAAUUCGUGUUGCACAACGAAUGCUAAGUUCGAAGCCAUCAGUUGCAGCUCGUGGAAAACUCGCACACCUUCCUGCUUAUGAAGAAAUUCAAGCCAACAUUUCCAAUGUCAAAAGUGAUACAAGCCAAGGAAGAAAACUUAAUCUGUUUCGCGCAUAGUUAAUAUAUUAGUACACUAUCUGGAAUUAUAAUUGUACUGUAGAUUUAAAUUGUCAAUAAAGAUAUUCAUUUUUUAACAAUGACUUUUAUUAAAACAGGAUUUUACUUUGUGCUAUGUAUUAUAAACUAUAUACAAAACAUUAACAUAAUUCAUGGCAAUAUAUUUGAUUUACACAAACACAAGUACUUAAGUACUAAUAUUUCUAAUUUUAUUAGCAGGUUAAAACAAAAAGUCAGUCUUCUAAAAUAUUUUUAGUAAGUGGCAAUGUACAAUAUAAGUACAUAUUUACAGUAUGCUAGGCACUACAUUGUUUACAGACAAACAGGCUACUGGCAGAACUAAUUCCUCAAAGGUGUUAUUAUUACUCCCCCUUCAUAAAGAAAAAAUAUUUCUAACUCUUUUUCAAGUGCGCGCAUAAUACUCAAUGCAGUAUGCACUGACUAGUUAACAGUAAUCUGUGGUAUGCACAUUUUUAAAAUUCGGAACAGUCAUGGUUUUCGUGUGUUUGCAUUUAAAUGUAAAUCAAAGAAUUGUCUUUCCAAUUUUUCAAUUUAACAUUUGUCUUAUUGUCCAAGGCUAACUGCCAUUUUAGCUGCUUGAUCGACAUCCUGGACAAUCUUAAAAGGUAGGCCUGAUUCUUCAAGUAGUUUUCUGGCUGCAUCUGAGUUAGUUCCUUCCAAUCUGACUACUAGAGGAUGUUUAGGUGGAUUCUCCUUGCAUGCUGUGAUGAUACCCUGAGCAAUUGUAAGACAAUUGACUAUUCCUGAAAUAAACAAAAUACAUAGAUUGAUUUCACUUUUGGAUCUGAUUCCAAAAUCUUGAGUGCAAUUGAUACUUGUUUUGGUCCAACACCUCCACCAAGAUCCAAAAAGUUUGCAGGCUUUCCUCCAUUUAGAGUGAUGAUGUCCAUAGUAGCCAUGGCGAGACCAGCUCCAUUGACCAUGCAUCCAAUACUGCCAUCCAUGUCAAUGUACACCAAGUUGUGAGCAGCAGCUUCUCUCUCUUUAGGAUCACUAUCUGAUAAGUCAUCAAGGGCAAAGAUAUCUUUUUGCCUGAAGCUAGCAUUGUCAUCAAAGUUGAGUUUGGCAUCAACUGAGAUAACCCUUCCAUCGUCAGUCUCCACUAGAGGGUUAAUCUCUAGCUGAGUAGCAUCCACACUUAAAAACAAUUUCCAAAGUUUUUGCAGUUCUAAAGCACAUUUUGCUUUAAGUUCUCCUUUAAAUUCCAAAAACUCUGCCACUUCAUUGGCCAUCUUAUCUGUGAUACCCUCAUAGAUAUCAAUAGGCAGGGUUUUUAUUAAGUGCGGGGUUUUCUCUGCUACUGCUUCAAUGUCCAUACCCCCAGCAGGGGAGGCCACAAUAGCAGCACCAUCAUAAGACCUCUCCAUUACUAUGCUGAAGUAUGUUUCCCUCUUGAUGUUAACACUCUCUGCAACCAUCACUUUAUCCACCAGUAUUCCUUCCUUAGGCGUUUGUUUCGUGAUCAAUUUGUGUCCAAUCAUAUUUUUGGCCAGUUUGAAAACUUCAUCGCGAUUUUUCGUAAUGUGAACGCCUCCCUUAAAACCAUUGUCGAAAUGACCUUUACCGCGACCACCGGCUAGGAUCUGCGCUUUAACAACGUACUCAUCAACUUUAAAAUCCGCCAAAGGUUUGGAGUCCAAUUUAGAAUCAAUUACUCGAAAGUCUUGAAUAGAAACUUGAAACUUCCUUAACAAAUCCUUGCUGUGGAAUUCUUGCAGAUUUAAGUUUCUUCUAGCUGUGAUUUGAGGACAAUAUCUAGGCACUAAGCCGGUGAGGAGUUUUAGAUUUUUCGUUUUCUUCAAUGCAGCCAUAGCGAACUUUGUCCAGAGUCCUUACACAAAUUAACCUAUAUAACACUUGAUUAUUUUCGAUUUAGAAUA